UUUGCGCUCAUUCGAAGCUUGAUUUAGAAGUCGUUCCAUGACAAUUUCGCUUAUCUAUACUCUGUGUGGUCUCUGUAUAGCCAUCUAGAUAGCAUAUAGAAGACUUGAAUAUCCGAGGUUGCAGUAGUGCUGAGGAUUCUGUUGUAAAAGACACAUUAUUUUAUGACCGUGAAGAAUGAACGCAAAUCAAAGUAACAUUUUUUAAAUGAAAGCCUAUGCUAGUCACGUGCAUGCAAUACAAAGUAUUGUAUUGUAAGUGCGUUCCUCAAAUCGCAUGCAACAAACUGGUCGCAACCAAUAGUUAUAAGAAAUAUAAUGGUUCAAACAUGGGUCCAAAGAAUAGUCCAAGAGUCCAGGGUUCAAGAGUCCAAGAGUCCAGUCCAUGUUUUACCCUAUGCCUAUCCAGUUGCGUUACACAGGCUAUUAGACAGGAAGCACAAUUGAAUAUAUUAUGUUAAGUAACACCAGAUCAUCAAUGAAAACGACAGCGUGUUUUUGUUUCAACAUAUAGGAAUUUUCUGUUGAAAGCAAUUGAAUUACGUACAAAUCUGACUUAUGUCCGCUUUUCAAUAAUGGAAUUUUUCGUAUUAGUCUUCAUUUCUACUUUGCUCUUUCAUUCGUCAGAUGCUGGAUCAUUCACUUGGCUACGUUCGGACGAUACAGUGAAUGUUGUUGAAGGUGGAACGGCAAAGCUCAACUGGAGUGUUCGUACUGGUGCUGGUAAUACAUGGGCAGCAGUGAAGAUCACAAGGAGCGUUUCAAACGUUGCUGGUCCAGGAGACGUCGACGUGAUAAGAAGAAAGCCGUCUGGUGUAGAGAUACUGCUACCCGAACGAGGUAUUGACAUGGACCUAGAUGUUCAAGCGAAUUUGAAUGUCUUGAAUGUUACUUUUACACUUCGUAAUCUAUCAAGGAAAACUGACGAGAUGUAUUACAGAAUAUUAGUGGUCGACAAUGACUAUGACACUAGUUUUUUGAGAUACACAAAGCUGAUCGUGGAUGGUAAUUAAAGGAGACUCUGGAAGUCUGAAGCUCCAAUGACCUACAAUAUAAAUGAAUAUAAAUUUUACAAUUUAAAUGAAUAUACCCUGUUUUUCUGAAUAUGCUUCAUGUUUUUAUUGGGAAACAAUACUUCC